CCCCCCCCCCCCCCCGCCACCGGCGUGCGGCACCUCGCUUCGCCGGCAGAGCGGGCGCGGCCUCGCCCUCCGCCCCUCACCGGCAUCCCUGCUUCGCCCCAUCAUCCCACCCCUCCUCCCCUCAUCCUCGCAGCGCCGAUGGGAGGUGUAGGCGCGGAUGGCGUCGCAGAUCCGGAGGAGAAUGGAAUGGGAUUGGUCACCUUCCAAAUUGAAUUGAUUGAUCGGCUGAUUUUACGGAGGGAUGGGAGGCGGUGUCAGGCGGGUACCUAAGCGGGUACGUGCGAGGAUGACGUGAGAAAAGACAGCGAUGUUUGGAGGAAUCAUUUUCUUUCUCCUGGUUUUUUCAGUCCAUCUUACUGCUGUCAAACUUUCAAUCUGAUAUGUGGACCUUCUUGUGAGGGGUAUAGGUAGGUUAAUAUUGGUGAGAAAUACUCUCAAUUCUUUCAUCCUUUAUAGUAUAGAAGACAGAAGAUGUGUUCACUAGUACCACUAUCAUAGAGUGGUUUGUUUCUGUAGUACCCAAACAGCAAUUUGCAAAGAAGUCUUUCAGUGGCUUUUUUGUGCACUAUAAGUUAGCACUUGACGGAAAUUAUAGCUGAAUAAAGUUACCAUGCUCCCAAACAGGCCCUUAAUCAGCAUACUUAGUAAGGAAUUAUAACAUUAUGUCAUCGUUACAUAUAAGAUACAGACGGAGAACAUCAAUCAAGAUUAUAGUUUUCAAUUUGGAGUCAUAGGCUACUAUGGAGUUCUAGCAAUGAAGAAUGUGGAAGAAAAAUGAGCUUUCUUUAACUGUUGAGAAAUGAGAGAGGCAGGUAGAGACAUGAGGGAUGAGAUCAUACAAGUCAUGAUUAACAGGACUAACUAGCUGGGUCGAGAAAGUAGUAAGAGGUCAGAGCGUCCAAUAUUUUUGCUCUCGGAUUGAACUUUUUCAAGUAAGUAUCUCAUAUAUAUAAUCAAAAGUCUUGGCUCUUGAUCUGAAGUGGACCAAGUACAGUUGCAAUAUUUCUAUCAUGAAAAUUAUCUCCUAUUUAUAUUUAGUAUCUAAUCUAGUAUCUGAAGUGAACAUCGAUUUUGUUUAGUCAGGGUGUGCUUCUCGUGACCAGCUGCAGAUCAAACUACUUUCAAGUAGUAGUUAAGCGCGGCUGGUGGGUAGUGGCAUGCAUGCGCGUGGUUGGUGAGAUCUGUCGUUCUCGGAACGCCGGGAACGCGGUGCUUGCCAGCGAACCCAUCCAUAUAUCUAUGCCAUCCAUGUGCUCAGCUCGCACACAGUUCACCAACUGUAGCACAAUGGCAGGCAGCAGCUAGCUAGCCGGAGUCCUGAGAGCGCAGCUCAUCAGGUGUGCUGUCCUGCUGCAGUUGCUAAGUCCACACACUUUGUAGCCUACAAUGUCGCAAACCUCAGCAGCAUCUGUGCCAUUACCGGCGGCGGCGGCGCUGAUGGUGGUGAUGGCGGCGUUGCAUCUCCCGGCGGCUGUAUCAGCAGCCGCGGCGCCGCCACCGCAGGCACCGGUGAUGGGGAAGCCCAACUGCAGCACCACCUGCGGGAACGUGAGCGUGCCGUACCCCUUCGGCUUCGGGCCCUCGCACUGCUACUGGCCCGGGCUCAACCUCACCUGCGAGCGGAGCCGCAGCGGCCCACCGCGGCUGCUCCUCGGCGACGGCACCCUCCGUGUCACCGACAUCUCCCUCCGCAACGAAACCGUGCGCGUCAUGCGCGCCGGCCUCGUCCUAAAUGCAACCGGCAACCUCACCUCUGAUGGUUGGAAUGCCUCCUUCGGUCGAGGCUUCACGGAGCAUGGCUACCAACUGUCGAACAGAAACGAGAUUGUCGUCUCCGGGUGCAACGUGAUGGCGACGCUCCUCGGGGACAACGGGGAGAAGACCCCCAGGAUCAUCGGCGGCUGCGCCAGCUUCUGCGCCAUAGUCGACCGCGAGGACGGUCCCGUCGUGGACUUCUCGGUGCGCAAUGAGGUGGCGGCAAGCAAGUUCUGCACCCGCACCGGCGUCUGCUGCCAGGCUUACAUCCGCGUCAGCAGUCCGCCCAACGGCGUGCAGGCCAGGUGGCUGUACAGUAACCACUCCGCGGAGCUGCUCCUGCAGCAGCCGGUGAAUGUGUUCGUCGCGGAGGAGGGGUGGGUCGACGCGAACGGGCUGCUGGGCGACGAGGGGCUGGAGGAGGCUCCCAUUAACCUCAGGUGGAGCGUCACGCGGGGCCUGCCGCAGCACCAAGAUUGCGACAGCGGCAUAGGCCGCAUGCUCUGCAGGAGCAAACACAGCCGGUGCGCGAACCACAGCGGCAUAGGCGGCUUUACAUGUCAAUGCGACGAUGGUUAUGACGGCAACCCUUAUCUGCCCGGCGGGUGCCAAGAUAUCGAUGAGUGCAAGCUCCCACAUGAAGAGAGUAGGUGCUUCGGUGAAUGUAUCAACACGAUCGGGUCAAUGGAUUGCCGGUGCCCGUUUGGGACAUAUGGCAACCCUGGCGUCAAAGGUGGCUGCUUCAAAAUUAGCUCCAGUACCAGAGAUACACUGUUGCCGACGGUGGCUCCGGCGCUGGUAGGGAAGCCCAACUGCAGCACCACCUGCGGUGGCGUGCGGGUGCCGUACCCCUUCGGCAUCAGCCCUGGGUGCUACUUGCCGGGUUUCAACCUCACCUGCAACACGAGCUACAGUCCCCCGCGGCUACUUCUCGACAAGAACGGCACCCUUGAGGUCAUCGAGAUCUUCUUACCCAACUCCACGAUGCGCGUCAUCCAUCACACCAGCGACGCUUUCAAAUAUGAUAUUUCUGGUGCCAAGUCCGAGUGGGUUGUUUACUUCUACGACCUCCCCGACAUUGGCGAGCCCUACAUGCUGUCAACGAGGAACGAGCUCAUCCUCUUCGGAUGCGACCUGCAGGCGACCCUGUACAAAAGGAAAGGCAGCAACAAGACCACUGAUAGCAUCAGCCACUGCGCCUCCACCUGCAGCUCCAGCAGCCUACGGACCUUUACUGGAGGUAAUAGUGCCUGGCCGCUGGUCUCGACGCAGCACCCCCAUGGCGGGUACUGCUCCGGCCAUGAUGGCUGCUGCCAUGCGCCUAUCUCCCUGGGUAGCACGCCCAAGGGCUUCAAGUUCAAAGGGCUCAACGGGACUACCAGCAAGAAGUUUCGUAAUCGUGUGUUGCCUGCGGUCGCGCUCGUCUCGGAAGACGGGCUGACUGAUCAGUGGGGUGUUAUCUUAAAUAGGUCUGUCCCUUGGUGGCUCUCUUACAUGGCAUCUCCCCUUGUUCUACGAUGGGCGGUUAAGCAAGGCGUCACCGCUCCUGCCAACUACUCAUUGGGGCCGUGCCUCGGGGACGUAGCCAGUACUGGCCUGCUUUGCAAGAGCAAGGACAGAGUCUGCCAGCAAGAUGAUGGGGGAGGCUUCACAUGCCACUGCAACACCGGCUAUCAGGGGAACCCUUACCUCGACGGCGGAUGCCAAGUUAUCGACAAGUGCCACAUCAUGGCGUUAUCAGGGAAACCGUGCUUCGGCGAGUGCAUUAAUUUUCCUGGUGGCCACGAGUGCCGCUGCCCUAGAGGAUCCUAUGGCAACCCCUACAAGCCCUCAGGUUUAAUCAUUGGUUUGUCUGUUGCUAGUGCCCCGACCCUCCUGCUUUUGGUUCUGGGUAUAAUAUUUGUACUCCGCAAAAUUAAGCGGCGUAGGGUAAAAGUACUCAAGCAGAAGUACUUCAAGCAAAAUCGUGGGCAGUUGUUGCAGCAGAUGGUGUCCCAAAAGGCAGAUAUUGCAGAAAGGAUGAUCAUCCCAGUCGAUGAGCUUGCAAAGGCGACAAACAACUUCGACAGAGCUCGUGAGCUUGGCGGAGGAGGCCACGGUACUGUUUACAAAGGUAUCUUAUCGGAUCUACAUGUCGUAGCCAUUAAGAAGUCAAAAAUUACAGUUCAGAAAGAAAUAGAUGAGUUCAUAAAUGAGGUGGCAAUCCUCUCACAGAUCAACCAUAGGAAUGUGGUCAAACUCUUUGGAUGUUGCCUUGAGACUGAGGUCCCAUUGUUGGUUUAUGAGUUUAUUUCCAAUGGAACCCUUUACCACCAUCUCCAUGAUCAAGGACCAAGGUCACUAUCAUGGGGCAACAGGUUGAGGAUCGCAACUGAAGUAGCUACUUCUAUUGCCUAUCUUCACUCGGCGGUUUCAAUACCAAUAAUCCAUAGGGACAUAAAGUCUAAUAACAUUCUUCUUGAUGACACAUUGACAGCAAAAGUAUCAGAUUUUGGAGCUUCAAGGUACAUUCCAAUUGAGAAAACAGGAUUGACAACAAGGGUUCAGGGAACAAUAGGAUACUUGGAUCCUAUGUACUUUUACACCGGCCGCCUCACCGAGAAAAGUGAUGUCUACAGUUUCGGUGUAAUUCUCGUCGAGUUGCUGACUAGGAAGAAACCAUUUUCAUAUUUGUCCACUGAUGGCGAUGGCCUUGUUGCCCAUUUUGCUGGUCUAAUUGCUGAGGGAAAUCUUGUCCAGAUAAUAGACCCACAAGUUAUAGAGGAGGGAGGUGAAGAAGUACAAGAAGUUGCUGCACUUGCGGCAUCCUGUGUAAACCUAAGAGGUGAAGAAAGGCCAACAAUGCGACAGGUGGAACAUACACUAGAGGGGCUCCGUGGUUCCACAAAUUACAAGAAAAAUGAUGUGGUAACAGUAGAAUCUGAGAAUGAUAGCAUUGUGAUUAACCAUCCGUCAUCAACUAAAGAAGGACAACAUUUUGAAGAGUCCAGCAGAAGAUACAGUUUGGAGCAGUCGAUGAUGAUGUCUGCAAGGUACCCUCGGUAGUAUUGAGUGCUCUGUUCCUCAUGCAUUAGCAUUAGAGAUUAGUUAACUUCUCCUAUCUGUAAUUUGAAGUGUGAUGAUAAUAUUAGCGAU